UUUCCUCAGCGCCUCUUCCGGUUUGCUCCUCAUGCGACAAACUUCCCAGCGGCUAAUGUGAACAGUCUGUCCGAGUGAAAGCACCGUCGUUAUAUCGAGUUUUUGAUUCAUGUCGAAGCUGAAUACGCACAUAUUUACAUAUUUGUUUCUGGGCUAACAUGCUCCUCUUCUGUCCGACCUGUGGGAACGUGUUGAUCGUCGAGGAGGGACAGAAGUGCAUGAGGUUCGCCUGCAACACUUGUCCCUACGUGCACAACAUCACGAGGAAGGUGAACUACAGGAAGUAUCCCAAGUUGAAGGAGGUGGACGAUGUCCUCGGUGGAGCUGCGGCCUGGGAGAACGUGGACUCGACUCCUGAAACCUGUCCCAAGUGCGGACACCCUCGGGCAUAUUUCAUGCAGAUUCAGACCCGAUCGGCAGAUGAACCCAUGACGACUUUCUACAAAUGCUGCCACAUCCAGUGUGGACACCGAUGGAGAGAUUGACACUUUUACACUUUGAACAUUCUCAUGUGGUUCAUGGCCAAAUGGCAUCGAGUCUUUUUUUUUGCCUUUAUUUAUUAGCAACAUGCUCUGGUGGUUAUGUAAAUCCUUUUUUUUUCAAGUUUGUUCAAAUCUAAAGGAACAUUUAAAUGAGUUACAACGGGGGGGGAAAAUAAAUCAUAUUCAGAUUUUUAUUGAUAAAAUAUUACCUGUAUACAACAGUCAAACUAUUUUUUGUUAUACAUAUCACAGACAUUUAGAGAGCAAUGUAGACCAGCAUUAUCCACAACAAUGGCAUACAGUACUUCGUAUUAAAAGUUCAAUGCAAUCCUU